CCCGCGGACCGAUCAGUUGAUGUGCACAAUUCGCACCGUACGGCAGCAAUGUUCGACUACCUUAUCCAGCUAAUGUGCCAAUAUGUAUUCCUUCGGGAACUGUUUGAAUUGAACUGUGACAUACAGCAGCUAAAAGCGGUCGAUCCUAACUAUGGCGUGACGUGGAUGUUUAUGCCGGACGAUCAGGGCACACCGAUCAUUGUCGACCUGACGGAACCGAACGAUACCAGCACGGACCAGCGAAGAAACAGUAGGAUUCAUGAGGAUGUUACCUUUUACUACUAUCGACAAUCCACCAUCAACUUGCCGAGCUCGUUUCGCUUCAUCAACGAUCCAGCGGCACCGUUGGCCCUGAACAAAUCCUACGAUCCAACGCUGCCCACAAAGUUCGUCAUACACGGCUGGAAGAACUCGAUCGUUAGCCCCGUGUCGCAGAACAUCAAGAACAGCUAUCUUCGACGAGAGGAUAUGAAUGUGAUCGUGGUCGACUGGGGACCGCUAGCAUCGGACACCCUGUACUUCCGGGCGGCGUCAUCAACGCGGGACGUCGGACGACACGUAGGUGGACUGAUCGAUCGUAUGGUGGCGGAGCGUGGUACAAACCUGAACGAUCUACACAUCAUCGGCCACAGUCUCGGUGCUCACACGUCCGGGUUUGCGGGUCAAUCGAUCCGUAGCGGCAAGGCGGCACGUGUUACCGGACUAGAUCCGGCACUGCCCGGCUUCACCGACCAACAGCCCGACAAGCUGCUCGACCCGAGCGACGCUCAGUUUGUGGACGUGAUGCACACGUGUGCGGGCAUGCUUGGGCACGAUCGAAACCUGGGCCAUGUGGACUUUUGGCCCAAUGGUGGCCGUGUCAAUCAGCCCGGUUGCGGUGGAAUCGACGAUUUUGUAGGAGCCUGCAGUCACGGACGUUCGUACGAGUUCUAUGCCGAGUCGGUUACCCGCCCAGCCGCCUUCAAAGCCUAUCCCUGUCGCAAUGCGGAGGAGUACCGUGAGGCAAAGUGCCGGUCCAAUUCGAUUCCGAUGGGUGAUGCUACGCCCAACACGGCCCGGGGCAAUCAUUUCCUAGAAACGAACGCCAAACCAGAAUACGGCAAAGGGUUCUAG